UCCGGGUCCCGGUCCGAACGUGCUUGGGUCUGGGUGACUUCUUGACGACCGCGUUGCAGCUACCCUCUCUCCCCUUGCCGGGUUCCCGCGUUAUCCGCGGUGCCCGUCUCUGGGGUCCUCCGCCGGCCUCUACCCCGGGUCGCUGCCUCGCCUCCUCCGUCGUGAGGAACUAUGAAUGGGAGGGCUGAUUUUCGAGAGCCGAAUGCAGAAGUUCCAAGACCAAUUCCCCACAUAGGGGCUGAUUACAUUCCAACAGAGGAGGAGCGGAGAGUCUUUGCAGAGUGCAAUGAGGAAAGCUUCUGGUUCAGAUCUGUGCCAUUGGCUGCUACAAGUAUGUUGAUUACUCAAGGAUUAAUUAGUAAAGGAAUCCUCUCAAGUCAUCCAAAAUAUGGUUCCAUUCCUAAACUUAUAUUUGCUUGUAUCAUGGGAUACUUUGCUGGAAAGCUUUCUUACGUGAAAACCUGCCAAGAAAAGUUCAAGAAUCUUGAAAACUCUCCCCUUGGAGAAGCUCUACGGUCAGGCCAAGUGCGGCGCUCCUCUCCACCUGGGCAUUAUGCUCAAAAGUCAAAAUAUGACUCAAAUGUGAGUGGUCAGUCCUCUUUUGUGACAUCUCCAGCAGCAGACAACAUAGAGGAGACACUUCCUCGUUAUGAGCCAAUUCCGUUUAGCGCUUCUAUGAAUGAGUCCACUCCCACUGGUAUUACUGACCAUAUUGCCCAAGGACCUGAUCCCAGCCUUGAAGAAAGUCCCAAAAGAAAAAGUAUUACAUAUGAGGAAUUAAGGAGUAAGAACAGAGAGUCGUAUGAAGUGACCUUAGCACACAGGACUGACCCCUCAGUCAGGCCUGUGCAGGAAAGAGUGCCCAAAAAAGAAGUCAAGGUAAACAAAUACGGAGAUACUUGGGAUGAGUGAAACACGGCGUCGUUGGACCUGCUUAUCCAGCUUGACCAGGUGGUCGCGCACCUGCAUGCUUGGACUCAGCAGCAGCCUUCAUAAACACUUUAAAAUGAAAUCCUGAUUUGUGUGAUUUAACAUACGAUGCUUUACAGACACAGAUUUAGUGUUUUCCCUUGUGUAAAUGUCCCCAGGGCACCCAGAAUGAUGGUGUUAGCCAAGGCUGUGCACACUUGCUGACGUUCUCGGUUACAGGGAGAGAUCAGGAAGCUCUCCUGUGACUCUAAAUCAGCCUAUGUGAAGCUAAGUGAUAGUGCAUGUUCAGGGGGUGGGGGUAGCAAGCGCACGCCUCGGGGUUAGCUUUGCAUCAGUUAUUGAGAGGCCUGGCUCCAGCAUUUGCUCUAGCAUCUUAAUGUUUGUGGUGAAUAAAAUGUAAAAACACAA